UUCGCCAUCAGAGCCUCAUUCCAGGCACAAGUGCUCCAGUCUGGACAUCAUGUCUGUGCGCUUUUCUUCUGCAUCCAGACGCCUGGGCUCUUGCGGGGGCGUGGGCUCUGUGAGGCUAUCUAGUGGGGGAGCUGGCUUUGGGGCUGGAAACACGUGUGGUGUGCCCGGCAUUGGAAGUGGCUUCUCUUGCGCCUUUGGGAGCAACUCAUCUGGAGGAAGCUAUGGCGCAGGACUGGGCGGGGGCAGUGCAUCCUGCGCUGCCUUCCUUGGGAAUGAACACGGCCUCCUCUCUGGCAAUGAGAAGGUGACUAUGCAGAACCUCAACGACCGCUUGGCCUCCUACCUGGAGAAUGUGCGAGCCCUAGAGGAGGCCAAUGCAGACUUGGAGCAGAAGAUCAAAGGGUGGUACGAGAAAUUUGGGCCUGGUUCUUGCCGUGGUCUUGAUCAUGAUUACAGCAGAUACUUUCCAAUAAUUGAUGACCUUAGGAACCAGAUAAUUUCUGCAACUACAAGUAACGCCAGUGUUGUCCUGCAAAAUGAUAAUGCCAGACUAACAGCUGAUGACUUCAGGCUAAAGUUUGAAAACGAGCAGGCCCUUCACCAGAGCGUGGACGCGGACGUCAGCAGUCUGCGCAGGGUCCUGGAUGAGCUGAGUCUCUGCAGAACCGACCUGGAGAUCCAGCUGGAGACGCUGAGCGAGGAGCUGACUUAUCUCAAGAAGAACCACGAGGAGGAGAUGCAGGCUCUGCAGUGCGCCGCGGGGGGCAACGUGAACGUGGAGAUGAACGCGGCACCCGGCGUGGACCUCACGGUUCUGCUGAACAACAUGCGCGCUGAGUACGAAGACCUUGCGGAGCAGAACCGCCGGGAUGCGGAGGCCUGGUUCAACGAGAAGAGCGCCUCGCUGCAGCAGCAGAUCUCUGACGAUGCUGGUGCCACCACCUCGGCUCGAAACGAACUCACUGAGAUGAAGCGCACUCUUCAAACCCUGGAGAUUGAACUUCAGUCCCUCUUAGCAAUGAAACACUCCCUGGAGUGCUCCUUGACUGAAACAGAAGGCAACUACUGUGCGCAGCUGGCCCAGAUCCAGGCUCAGAUCGGGGCCCUGGAGGAGCAGCUGCACCAGGUCAGAACCGAGACCGAGGGCCAGAAACUCGAGUACGAGCAGCUCCUGGACAUCAAGGUCCACCUGGAAAAAGAAAUCGAGACCUACUGCCGCCUGAUAGAUGGAGAGGAUGGCUCUUGUGUUAAAUCAAAAGGCUGCAAAGGACCAGGAAAUCAGAUAAAAGAUUCAUCUAAAGGCGCUGUGGUGAAAACAAUUGUUGAAGAAAUAGAUCCUCGUGGCAAAGUUCUCUCAUCCAGAGUUCACAGCAUGGAAGAGAAAUCCACGAAAGUCAACAACACGAAGAGUGAACAGAGAGUGCCCUCCUGAACCCCAAAAGAAUGACCUUAAAUUAAAAUAUCAAAUUGAAGUUAGAUUCCUUAAAAAGGGCCCUCUUAACUUUUCUGUUUUUCUUCCAGUGAAUUAAGACAAACUAUUUUUAGAAUAGUAUCAUUUCUUUGGCUUUCUCUAUGGUGGUGUUUCAAUAAAAGUUUUCCUGUUGCAAGUCA